GGGGGUAAAAUUGUCAGUUAAAUAAAAAAUUCCUGCGCGCAAUUUAGCGGUUCAUCAAAUUUCCAAACUCCAAAGGCUUCUUCGAUCAUUCCAAUAUUCCAUGUAACAAAUAUCCUGACAAAAAAAAAAAAAUGUUGUCAGACCAAAAAUAUCCAAACCCCCCUUUUUUCCCGGUAUAGAAAUUUAGAUAGUUUUUAUCAAAAUUUUCUAUUCUAUACCGGGUUUGAUCCGUAAAUUCAUGGUGCGAUAAGUCUUAAUCUCUAUUCAUAACCAACACAGCUCUCUCACAGUCUUGUAGCUCCAGACUGUCUGAGAGAGAAGUGAAAAAAACAAAAACAACGCGGCUCCGUCGAUACCGCCACACUUUUCCCUCGCUGUUUUUUUUUUUCUUCAAAUAAACGGUUACUCACCAAAAACAGAAUUUCUAGUUUUCAUUUUUUUAUAUUUAUAUUUUUUUUCAAUAGAGAUGGAGAGAUCGGAGCGAGGAAAACAAACGGUAAUUCCUGAACCGGAGCGCCACCAACACCACCGAGCCGCGAGGGCUCGACCGCCGAUUCGACAGCCGUCUCGGAUUCCGUUACGGCGGUUGCUCCGGGUCGCUUCGGUGGCGUGCGGGAUUCAAUUCGGCUGGGCUUUGCAGCUCUCGCUGCUCACGCCGUACGUGCAGGAGCUCGGGAUUCCGCACGCGUGGGCCAGCGUGAUAUGGCUCUGCGGCCCGCUCUCGGGACUGCUGGUUCAGCCGCUGGUCGGGCUCAUGAGCGACCGGAGCACCAGCCGGUUCGGGAGGCGGAGACCGUUCAUAUUGGCCGGAGCUCUGUCGAUCGUCCUGGCGGUUCUGAUCAUCGGACACUCGGCGGACAUAGGGUGGUUGUUAGGGGACCGCGGCGAUUCUAGGCCGAGGGCGGUGGGGGCUUUCGUUUUCGGGUUUUGGAUUCUGGAUGUGGCUAAUAAUAUGACUCAAGGUCCUUGUAGGGCUCUGCUUGCUGAUCUCACAGGAAAGGAUCAUCGAAGGACUCGAGUGGCAAAUGCCUAUUUCUCUCUAUUUAUGGCUAUUGGUAAUGUUCUUGGCUUUGCAACUGGAGCGUAUAGUGGCUGGUUCAAAAUUUUGCCGUUUACUUAUACCACUGCAUGCACUGUUAAUUGUGCAAAUCUCAAGUCUGCUUUCUUUAUCGACAUUUUUUUCAUUGCAAUUACUACAUAUAUAAGCGUUACAGCAGCUCAGGAAGUGCCACUAGUUUCGAUCGAUAGAUCCACCCCCUCUGCUGAAGACGGGCCAGGAACGUCAGGUCAAGCUGAAGAAGCUUUCCUCUGGGAACUGUUUGGGACUUUUAGAUAUUUUUCAGGGACUAUAUGGAUAAUCCUGCUUGUUACUGCUUUGACUUGGAUUGGAUGGUUUCCAUUUCUUCUUUUUGAUACAGAUUGGAUGGGUCGAGAGAUUUAUGGUGGCAAGCCUAAUGAAGGGCAGAAUUAUAGUAUUGGAGUUAGAAUGGGUUCGUUUGGUCUGAUGUUGAAUUCAGUUGUUCUUGGAAUAACUUCGUUGCUCAUGGAGAAGCUCUGCAGUAAGUGGGGGGCCGGUUUUGUGUGGGGGAUUUCAAAUAUCCUCAUGGCUCUCUGCUUUCUUGCAAUGCUAGUAGUUGCCUUUGUGGUGAAGAGUUUUGACUUUGAAGGCAAUGCUCUACCUCCAAAUGGCAUUGUAAUAGCUGCACUGGUGAUUUUUGCAAUUCUUGGUGUUCCUUUGGCGAUCACUUACAGUGUUCCAUAUGCCUUGAUAUCCACACGUAUAGAGUCUUUGGGACUUGGCCAAGGAUUAUCAAUGGGUGUUUUGAAUCUGGCAAUAGUGAUCCCACAGGUGGUGGUGUCCCUGGGAAGUGGACCAUGGGAUCAGCUAUUUGGUGGUGGAAAUUCUCCAGCCUUUGCUGUGGCAGCAGUUGCAGCCUUAGCUAGUGGACUUAUAGCCAUCUUAGCUAUUCCUCGAUCUAGUCCUCAGAAGCCCAGAGCCCUCAUAUGAGGGCUACAUGGAGAGAGCUAACAGUCCCUUUCCUCACUCCCACUAGAUUAGAGAAGGCAUGCAGUUUGAAUGGCCUAAACUUUCAUCUUAUUGAUUAUUGACAUAGAGAUAAAGAGUGAACCAUAAAUUCCCUGAUCAUUUUUUUCUUCUUCUUUUGGAAAGUAUUGGAAACUUUGAGAACUGUUUCUCAUUCAUAAAUUGUGUUUAAAGUAGUGAGAAAGGUCCAGACUGAAGGCAUGGUGUCUUCAUUUACAAUGGCCAAUGGUGGACAUUCUACAUAUAUAAUUAAUGAUGGAAAACAAGCCAUUUUCAAAGCAAUAAUUUUUCGGACAUUCUUGAAAGCUGUCACCAUUAUUCUGUGUGAGACAAGUUAUCUACAGUUAGUGGAGAAUUUUCUUCAAUGAAAAUCAUCCCACCUUGUGGAGAUGUCGCUUUAUGGCUAAUUGCCAUAGAAAAGUGGUGAAGUCUUAGCUCUGGAUUCCAAAAUUAGUCUCAAUACUGAUUCCAUCCCAACCAAGAUAAUGCCCUUAAUUGGGAUUUAUUCUUCAUGAAAAUGGAAAAGUUGAUUGUGCGUUGGUGGUUUGGUGACAA